UCCGGCGUUGUCCGUUAGGUGCCAAUCCGCCGAACCGGAGCCGACGAGCGGCUUUUCAGCCCGUCUCCCGUCCCCGUCGGAGCCCCGGGAGCCGGGACCCGCUCGGCCGGCGUCAUCAUGACCAAGGCCGGUAGCAAGGGCGGGAACCUCCGCGACAAGCUGGACGGCAACGAGCUGGACCUGAGCCUCAGCGAUCUGAACGAGGUCCCGGUCAAGGAGCUGGCUGCACUUCCCAAGGCCACCAUCCUGGACCUGUCCUGCAAUAAACUGAGUACUCUACCGUCGGAUUUCUGUGGCCUCACACACCUGGUGAAGCUGGACCUCAGCAAGAACAAGCUGCAGCAGCUGCCAGCCGAUUUUGGCCGCCUGGUCAACCUCCAACAUCUGGAUCUCCUCAACAACAGGCUGGUCACCCUGCCUGUCAGCUUUGCUCAGCUCAAGAACCUGAAAUGGCUGGACCUGAAGGACAAUCCCCUGGAUCCUGUCCUGGCCAAAGUUGCUGGUGAUUGCUUGGAUGAGAAGCAGUGUAAGCAGUGUGCAAACAAGGUGCUGCAGCACAUGAAGGCCGCGCAGGCGGAUCAGGAGCGAGAGCGGCAGCGGCGGCUGGAGGUGGAGCGAGAGGCGGAGAAGAAGCGUGAAGCCAAGCAGCAGGCUAAGGAGGCGAGGGAGCGGGAGCUGCGGAAGCGGGAGAAGGCCGAGGAGAAGGAGCGUCGACGGAAGGAGUAUGAUGCCCAGAAAGCAUCCAAGCGGGAGCAGGAGAAGAAGCCCAAGAAGGAAGCCAAUCAGGCUCCAAAAUCUAAGUCUGGCUCUCGUCCCCGCAAGCCACCCCCCCGGAAGCACACUCGCUCCUGGGCUGUUCUGAAGGCGCUGCUGCUGCUGCUGCUGCUGUGUGUGGCAGGCGGGCUGGCGGCGUGCCGGAUGACCGCGCUGCAGCAGCAGCCCCUCUGCACCAGCGUGAACACCGUCUACGACAAUGCCGUCCAGGGCCUGCGCCGCCACGAGAUCCUCCAGUGGGUCCUCCAGACCGACUCCCAGCAGUGAGCUUGUCCUCAGCACCGCUGCCUCCCAGUCUUGGAGCUUGGAUUCCUAUGGAAUUGGGUUCUGCUGGACACAACCUCUUUUUAGCGUCAGACCUACCUGCCAUCAUCAAAUGGCUGCCGAUGGGUACUUGAGACCUCUCCUUUGUAGGACUUCCUUGUUCCUUAGCCAGGGUUCCCUGGUGGAACGCGGAGAAAUGGGAGGUAGGGAGGGUUACCUGCAUGCCUAAAGGAAUAGGCUUGGGGGUGGGGAGAAAACAUAGCCUUUUCUAGUUAUUAUACAAAGCUGUGUAAAGGCAAGGUUUGUUUCUACUAAAUGGUCAGCUGUCACUGCAUUUAUACUUUUGUAUGUCACAAGCCCUUUCUUUCGCUCUUCCCUGGGUAGCCAGGACAGAUCAGGAGGCAGUGUGUUACUUGGGACUAUAAGGCCACCAUACUCAGCAAACCCAACCUAAAUUGGGGUUUAUUUCCUUUACGAACCUAAGACAUUUGAGCAUUUUUAACCAUAUCAAAACUGGCUGUUAAAGGAGCAAGUGAGCCAGGACUCGCCUGCGGUCCUCUAGCUAGUCUGAGGCAGAACUCAACUUCACUCACUCCCAUGGUCUUCCUUCUCCGUGAUGUCAUUUGGUCUCCUUUAUAAUGCUGGACAGAACAGAACUCAUACCAGACUUAUGUCUCAACCAAAGCGUAGCCUCUCUCAGUAUACAUAGAUUCAUGGCUCACAGACAGACCUUAUGCCAUCAGGUCUUGGGCAGCCCCUGUGGAGUGCUGCCUCGGCUAACGUGGCUUCUGCAAUAUGGCAGCACUCCCAUCUCCUUCCCUGGUUUUAGAGCAUUAACUCCCUGAUAGCCAGGAAGCACUUGGUGUGACAAAAUACCUCAAAGGCAACCUGAAAAACUCAGCUGCAGAGAACAGGUUGAGAGUUGGCUGUAGACCUACAGCAGAAGGGAGGAAGGUGCAGCGGGACUAACGCAGCACGGCGGUGGAGCUGCUAACCUAGCACAGGUGAGGACGGCGCCAUCCAUUCUGGCUGCUGCUACAAUCACUCUGUGGCCCCUUUCCGUCAUCUUUUCACAGCAGCCAGGUGAAGGGAUCAAAAAUGACUGUCUUGGUGCUCAUUUGCUUAAAAAUUCCCAAUUGUAAGCUCCUUGCUUCUCCCUGGGGGAGCACGAGCCUGUGACAGUUCAGAGAUAGAGUGUAGCCCCAAUGGCCCAUCUGCAUAGGCCUGCCACUCAGAACUGACCUGACACUGGAAGAAAGGACUUUGUUCUCUCCUCCCCGAGAUAGCUCUGCCAUGUAGGUCUACACCUUACUCAGAAUCACUACGCAUUCCUUUAGUCUUCCUCCAAGCUCCAGAGCCAUUGGUACAGAUGCUUUAUUGAAACUAAACACACAGUACAUACGAUGACGUUAGGAAAACGGAAGUCAGCUUACUCUCAGUUCCUUGGCUGGUUGAGGCAGUUCAGUGGCUGAGCCUAGUCAAGCCAACCCGCAGGCAAGAGUUCACUCUGACUUCGAGAUUUGAUGCUGAUUCUUUUGGAUUUCUACAAUUAUUAAAUCCAUGUCUGAGUGGUC